UGGGUUUUUGUAGGAAAGGCACUAUAGUAUAUAAUAUAUUAUAAUUAAAAUAUCGUUACCGCAGUUGUUGGUUUCGAGCUAAAUUGGUGUCCGUUAAGUUAGCGUUGAUUUAACUUAAUACAUAAUCUGUAUCAGGUACUGUUAAUUGAAGUGUUAUGAGUAUGAUGAUGAAUUGUCGAUUAAUAAUUCUAACGGUAGCUUCAACUUUUAAAUUCUACUAGUAGUAGUAGUCUGUAUUAAUCUAGAAAGAGUACACUAGCUCAACAGCUGUGUUAGGGAAUAGUAAUUUUAGUAUUACGAUUAGUAUUAGCAAGUAAUACAACACCAAAAGUACUAGUAGUAGCACUAGCAGCCAUAUGGUACCUAUAUUAGUAUUACAUCAUUGUCAAUAGUUUAUCGUAUUGGGCAACAUUUCAUAAACUUCUGGUUCAGCUGAAUAAGUUAAUUAUAAUUUUAUAUGUUUUUAAUAAAACUUAUCUUUAUCUAGAAUUUAGAAAUCAGAAUUGUUCAAUAUAUUUCAUUGCCUUAAGUUUAGGCUUUGGCUUUAACCUGUGGAGAUUAAAAAAUCUAACUUAUUUUUUGUGUUCCAAAAACAUUUUCUUUUGCUCACAUAAGUCGUUUUUUACUUUUCUUUUUGAAUGCUAUUUAUGAUUUGGUUAAAGCCAUUGUAACAAUCUUAGCAUACAAUUUUUUAAAAUGUGGUGUUUUCCAAGGAAAAGCUCUGUACGUUUGUUGAUAAUUUUAGUUGUUUUGGUUGGCUUGUGUUUAUUGGUAGUUUAUUAUACCUCACAUGCACCAAGAUUCUCUGGUUAUCCAGUGACUGAUGUAAAUACAGCACCUGUGUUUCGCUUACAUCGACAUAACGGUUGUACACAGUAUAACUGUAUUCAGAAUAUAAAUGGUCACACAACUUCUCUGUGGCCAGGGCAGCCAGUUACUUCAGAAGAUGAUAGUAAGUGCACACUGGUGCCUGCAUUAUCAAAAGUAGACAUUAAUGCCACAAAUGUAUAUCCAGCUUUGAACUUCUACCCUUCAGAAAGAAGUUACUGGAAUAAGACUUUUGAAAAUCGUUAUCUGAAGAGAAGAAGAGACUGGGCACAUUUACCCUUGAAGGUAAUUGUUAUGCCUCAUACCCAUCCUGACCCUGGUUGGCUGAAGACCUAUGAUGAAUAUUAUGUUACAUCAGUGUCACAUAUUUUGAACAGUAUGGUUAACAGGCUAAAAAAGUACAAAGACAUGACUUUUAUAUGGGCAGAAGUUUCUUAUUUGUCAUACUGGUGGGACAGCUUAACCAACAAACCUCAGUUACAACAAGCAGUCAAAGAUCUUAUUAAUAGUGGCCAAUUGGAGAUUGUGACAGGAGGUUGGAUAAUGACAGAUGAAGCCACUGCUCACUACCAUUCCAUGAUUGAUCAACUCAUUGAGGGUCAUCAGUGGUUACGAACCACUUUUGGAAUUGUGCCAUCUAAUGGCUGGUCUAUUGACCCAUUUGGCCACUCAGCUACUGUUCCUUACUUGUUGAGGUCAGCUGGUAUAAAAAUAUGUUUAUUCAGAGGACCCAUUUUGCCUGGAAGCAAUACUUAGCUGAAAAACAACAACUGGAGUUCUGGUGGAAACAAAAUUUUGAUUCACUUUCUCAAAAUCAAUCUUUGGGGGGAGACAUUCUCUGUCACAUGUCACCCUUUGACUUGUACAGCAUUAAGCACACCUGUGGGCCAGAUCAUGGAGUUUGUUUAAUGUUUGACUUUCGAAAACUUCCUGGUGAAGUUUCUGAAACCAGGGCUGAAGAAAUAACUAAAGAAAACAUCCAAGAAAAAGCAGAGCUCCUUAUAGGACAAUAUGGUCGUCUUGGUUCUCUCUUUCCUCAUAAUGUAGCACUUGUGUUGCUGGGAGAUGACUUUCGCUUCAACCAUGAAGUGGAAUGGGACCAACAGUACAAGAAUUAUAAGAAUCUUUUUGAUUUCAUCAAUGCUAAUAAAGAUUAUAAUGUAGAUAUAAAAUUUGGAACACUUGGAGAAUACUUUCAAGAAGUUCAUCGACGUAUGAGAACAGUAAACAAUGACAAAACCCCAAGUUUGUUAGGAGACUUUUUUCCUUAUGGUGAUGUGUACUCUGAUGGUAGACCAUCCUACUGGACUGGAUACUUUACAACUCGACCAUUCUGGAAGAAGUUUUGUAGAGAGCUUGAAAGUUGGCUGCGCAGUGCAGAAAUUUUGUACAGUUUAGCUCGAGCUGUUGUCAUGCAGAAGGGGAAUAAUCAGUUUCUUGAACUGUUGGAUCAAAGUUAUAAGCAUCUAAGUAUUGCUCGUCAAGCAUUAGGACUAUUCCAACAUCAUGAUGCAAUCACAGGUACAGCAAAACAUAGGGUAAUGAAUGACUAUGGCCAGAAAUUGUUCAAGGGCUUUCGUGGAACAAAAGAUGUUAUUAGUACCAGUGCAAAGAUUUUACUUUUUCAAAAUUUAACAAGUAGUCAAGAUCCAAGUGCACAGUUUAUGUCAAAAACACCUAAUUUAAUCCCUGAUGACAAACGUUUAAGUUAUGACAGUCUGCCUGAGAAAGUAGUUCUCCCAAUUUCUGGUCCUGAAGGACGAAAAGUUGUAAUUUUUAACUCUCUUCCUGUUUACAAACAGGAAGUUGUUCGUAUUUUAAUUAAGACCCCUCAUGUUCGUGUAGUGAAUCAUUCAAACAUUGAAGUUCCGUCUCAAGUCAAUCCCAUUUGGAACAGCUCAGCAGAAAUUACAGACAAAGUUUUUCAGUUGAUUUUUCUUGCUGAUCUUUUUCCUUUGUCACUGUCAACAUUCAUAAUUUUCCCCCAAGAAAAAACUAAAAACAAGUAUACUGAGCCAUCAGUGUCUGUGUUUAUUAAUGAUGCUUUUGGCUCUUCUUUGCAGAAUUCUUUGUUUAAAUUCCAGCCAACCCAGAAAGAUAACAUUACUCUCAAGUCUCCAUAUUUAGCAGCUACUUUUUCCAAGUAUACAGGACUUCUCAAGUCAUUAUAUCUUUCAUCUCAGGACAUUGUGAGAUCUGUUAAACUUAAGUUUCUGUAUUAUAAUUCUGAGGAGUUCCGUAGUGGAGCAUAUUUAUUUCAACCAAGUCCGAUAAACCCAAUCUUGAAUAUGUCCGAUAGAUUUCCUGUUAUUCGGUUGGUCCAAGGCCAUCUUGUAUCUGAACUGACUACUACCUAUCCAAACACAGUGGCUAUAACUUUUAGAAUUUACCAUGUGAAAGGACCUUUAGGUGCAGGGCUAGAAAUUGAAACUAAUUUUGAUCUUAGUAAGUUGAAACUGUAUAAUUUAGAGUUGUUCAUGCGAUUAGAAAGUGAUCUUGCUAGUGGUAAUAUUUUUUAUACUGACUCUAAUGGUUUUCAGAUGACCAAGCGUAUUAGACGUGAUCAUAUUCCAUUGGAAGCUAACUUUUACCCUAUAAGCACUGCUACUUAUAUAGAAGAUUCAAGAGUUCGUCUGUCCUUACUCACAUCUAGUGCCCAUGGUUGUACAAGUUCACAAAAUGGAUGGUUAGAAAUAGUUCUUGACCGUCGACUAGGAUAUGAUGAUAACCGUGGGCUAGGAGAGGGAGUACUGGACAACAAACCUACUAAUGCUAAUUUUUGGUUACUGCUUGAAGAGUGCCAGAAGGCCAAACCUGAAGGGGAAGUACCGAAUCUCAGUCAAUUGGGUCAUGUCUUAUCAUCUACUUUGAAUUUUCCUCUUAUCAUAAUGGCUUCUGGGGGCAGCCAAAAACAGCCUCUGAAGAAAUUCUUGACUUUUGUUCAGAACCCAUUUCCUUGUGAUGUUCAUUUAGUCAACCUGCGUACUUUGCCAACUGCUGUCAACUUUGGCCAACCGUCCAACAGCAGCCUUCUGAUUUUACAUCGCCAAGGUCGCACAUGUCAUGUGAAGACCCUUGUACCUGGUCUCUGUGCACAUGACCAUUCCGAGAUAAGAUUAAGUGAACUAAAUUAUUUGCAGGUAGAAUCUAUAUAUCGAACUUCUCUUACAGGAACUCGAUUGAUUCAGAAAAUUUAUCGGCUCACAGAUAUACAAAUUCAACCAAUGGAAGUCCACACAUACAACAUUACCUUUACUCAGUAGCACAAUGGAUGAUAGUCUAGGAAAUCUUAUGAAGUGAAUCAGAAACAAAAUCAUGUUUGUUGAACAGUUUUAAAAACAUCCUAAUCUUGUUAAUUGUUUAAACUUCAUAGAUCUACUUAACAUGAAUCUUGGUUUCUGUUGUUGUUUAAUGUAGUUACUCUGAACAAAUUUUAGAAAAUAAAUGUAUUAUAGUCACUUUAUUGUUACUAAAGUAUACAACUAUAUAUAGAUGUUUAUAUACAUUAUUAGCCAUUUUCUUGCCUUGCUUCACAUAGAUGGUGCAGAAUACAUUGACCAAAGCUACUUUCUUGUUCCUAUAAGAAUUUGAAGGUUUUAAGGUUCAGCACAUUGUUGUACUAGGUUAGAAAAAAAUAUUCAAUUAGUAGUGUUCUAUUAUUGCAGUAGAUAGUUUGAACACAUUUCCAAUUAUUGUUAUUGAAAUUAUUUUCCUUUUUUUGUUUAGAAUACUGAAAUACUGUGUAUAAAUUAGUGAAUAUGCAGUUGCUUCAAAUAUUUUACAAGUUCAGACAUGCUACUCACCUUUCUACACCUCAAAUACCUGUUACCUUGAGCAUACUGCUGUCUAAUUUCCUACACAUGCCCCAAGCUUUGAACAAAGCUCCAACAUGUACAUGUGUAUUGGGCCAACCUAUGACAUAAUUAUCAUUAGACUAUAGCCUUUCACCAGUAGAAGGAUGACACAUCCUCCAUGCACAGUUAUCCCCAUGAGCACUUGCAUGUGAACACUGUCUCAUUUUUCCUUGGCACUGUUAGUGUUCUGCUGUAUUUUUCUUGUGCUUCUUUCGAUUUUGUGGGAUUGACACUUGGUCUAUUACCUUGAGCUCCUUUUUCUUUAUCUUGCCCAUUUACUUUGUCUUAGAGUAGUUUUUUUUUAAUUAUGAGUACCCUCUUCUAUUUAACCACCUUACAAAACAAAAAGAAAUCUGUCUUUAUAGAUUUUACAAAAAUAGAUCUUCACAACAUCAGUUUUGUAGAUUAACUGGAUUAUGCAUUUGUAUAUAUCCGAUGUCUCUCAAGGCUUUUAUCACUUUCACAGCAGCCAUCCAAUGAUGAGUGGACACUGAUGGUCAGUGAUAUUACAGCCAUUGUGCACCACAUUGUUGGUUCUAUUCUGAUCUUAGAUCCAGGAUUCCUGACCUCCUUCUGUUACGUCAGUUGAGCUUGCCUCAUUUUGUGAGUGUUUCACAGCUAUUGUUUUAAUGUCUGCUUAUGCUUAUAUUUCCUUCUUUCCAACAUGGAUCAAAUAGUCCCACUUUCGUCAUUCACUUCUUGUAUUCCCUAGGUAUGUGUCCUUUGUUUUCUCUUUUUUCAAGUAAUUUUCUGUUGAAUUUCGUGUGCCCUACUUGCACGAUUCCCAUUCAUCUGAAUCUUUGUUUUCAGUUUAGGGAUCUCUUUUUCUUUUCAUCUACUCAAUUCUUUGUUCAUUCAUAUGCUUCAUAUUCAUUUGGAGGUUUUCCAUCAUGACCUUAUCAGCUUUACUGGGUCAACUUGCACAUACCUGUUUUCCCAUCAUGUUCUCUGGUUUCUUCCAUUUUGUCCCAGUUACCUUAUUUUUGUUUGUUUCUUGUCUUUGUCAGAUUGCUUUACUUUCUGAAUUUCACUUCUAUCAGUCUCCUCUCCAGGACCUCUCUUUUGCAUGUUAUCUGUGUGAUGUUUUUCUUUUUGAGUGCUUCUUAUACUUUAGCAUCUUGAGCUAUUAUGGCUCUCCAGGAGCCAUCUUUGCUCACUUUGGUUUCUUGCCCUUGGAAUUAGGGAGCCCCACCAGGUUUCUCACCAUAUAUGACCUUGUGGGGUCACCCCUUAUUCUGUUCCUUGUCCUGUUGCUACUACACACAGUCCAUUUUCUUUGAGGACUGGCUGCCAUGGGUGUUGGAGAUGAUUUGUUUCUGGAACCAACCCUUAGCUCUGGUCCUAUGAGAGCUCUGCUUUUCCACUUUGUCCACUCUCUUUGCUAAAGUCUGUUAAGUUCAUCAGUUGAUUUCUAGGGAAUUUUUUUCCUAUAUCUGUACUCUACCUCACCAGUUUCACAUGUUAUGGGACAGUUCCUCAUUCUGCAGUUUUACUCCUAUCAUUUUUACCCUUCUCACCACAAUGGGAGGUUAUCGACUAGAUAAGAGUGUCUUACAUGACCCAACUUUGAUUUUUCCUCAUUUCCCUAUAGGUGGUUUACUUGCUCUCAAGUGAAUACUCUUUCUGAUGGUGGAUGAGCUAAUUUUGGAUCUCGGACACUUUCUACACAUCCCGAUUUGUCUGUCAACCUUUUGCUUCCUUAGAUUUGUCUAUAGUGAUUGAACAUUUGGUUCUCAAUCCUCCCCUUUAAGUUGACUAUGGUACCAUUUUUAUUAUUGGGUCCAGUGGGUUCUUACAUUCUUGAGGCCUGUUGUUCGACUACUCUAUUGAUAUUUAGCCUCUACCUGCCUCUUACAAUUUCACUUUCUCUGUUAUGACCUCCCUUUUUCUUAACAUGUUUUUUUGUUUGGAGCUGCUGGUUUGGCUUUCCAUUUCAGUCUUGACUCACUGUGUAUUUCAUUCAAUUGAUGGUCUCUUUCAUUUUGUAUGUGGGGCAGGCUCAUUCUACUUCUUUGUCUUUGUGACAUGGAGCUUUUGAUACCAGGACUCUCAUGUCUCCUUCAUUUCAUGCAUAUAUUUUUUAGGGGGCUUUUUUUAAGUCUUUUCAUUCCUCUCGGAUUUGUCCAAACCUGUUGCCAUCAGUGGUUUCCGCCCUGUCAAUGCAGAUAUCUCCAGAGAGACACUGUCUUUUUUUUCACCUCCUAGGUUGUGGUAGCUCAUUAGACCUCAUGACCCUUGACAUCCUUCUUUUCCCACCUUUCCAGACUUUCAUCUGUUGGGAGCCCUCCAAGGCUCAAAAGUCAGUCUGUAGGCUCUUUCUGCCUAUAUAUUCAUGGUAAGUGUUAAUAGGUGGCACUUUGUGUUGGCUUUACAGUUGAUGACAACAAAUUAUAUGACCACACUUUUCCAAUUCUUCUCUUUUGGUGGGGGCAUAGUGCUGGAUGCCUGAUCCAUUUCUGUGAUAAUCCAGUGUACUGUCUCUCAGGUGAUUGUACCUGAUGACAACAGUUCAAAUAUCUCUCUGGUAUUCUCCUCCUAUGCAAGUUCCUACCCCAUUUCUUCUAGUUAGAUACAGAAAAACUUAUGCUUCCCCAGUCUCAUGCUUUUGGGGAAGCUGAUAUGAAGAGUUUCUCAUUGAGUGGUGCAAUCUCACUGGUACAAGACUGAAUGAACACAGCCCUCAUUUGGGAAGUAGGGCUGGGAUGUUACCUGAUAAUGUAGUACAGGACACCCCCUCUACAUGAAGAACCAGGUCAUUCCCAGUGGUUAGGUCCAGCUGGAUGGAUGUUAGGUUUGCCUCAGGGCACAAGUCUGGGGUGCUAUUUCCUGCACCUGAGUUUUGUGAUGAGUAUCUCACGUAUUUCUUCAGUAUUGAAUGACCUUACUUGCAUAUCUAACCACACUACAUACUCAUAUUUAGCUGUCUGUCUGCAAUAUAAUGGACAUUUGAGCAAUCUACCUAUCUUAGCAACACCUUAGCACCCAGCAAGAGUUUCUUAUGACCAUGUUUUUUGGUCUUCCACUGAGUGUUAUCCCCCACCAUGUGGAUGUCACAUUCCAUGGGCUUUCCCUUUCUGAUGCUGUUUUCAGAAAAGAGCUAAUUUUUAUAAUUUCUUUGUACCAAUCCCUUCACCAUCAGUGUGAGAAUCUAUCUCUUUGUGGUGCACUUAACAUUUUCAUUACCUGAAAAUUUAUUUCAAAUAGGUACUCACUUUUUUACAAUACCUCCCACCUUUUCUCACCACUUCCAAUGCAUUUUGUUUGUUUCAUCAAUGAUGAGUAGUGUUUACAUGCUAAUGCUCAAGGGGAUUCUAUGCAUAGAGGGUAUGUCCCCCUCAUAUAGUCUAAAGAUGAUUAUAUCAUAGGCUGGCAUUGAUAAAUGGUGACAAUUGUAGGAGUGGUAGCUUUUUUCAAGGCUUGUAAUGCAUAGGAAUUUACAUCAUAGUGCACAUGAGGUAACAGCACUUUGUGGUGCAGAGAGGUGAGUAUCUAUCUGGAAUACAUUUUCAGGUAAGGAAAAUAUUAACUUUGGUUUUGUUGUUGUUAUAUACAGAUAUUUACUGCUUGAAAUACAGAUUACUAAGCACAGAUGACUUAACUUUAUGAUUUCUUUUGAAAAGACUUGCUGAUCAACAAGUUGAGAGAAUUCAACAUUGUCUUAUCGUAUAUAAGGUACACGUAGUCUUGAAUGACAUGGAAUUUAAAAGAAAUUCUUGUGAAUUUAUUCUGAUGAAACAGUGGAUUGAAGUAGUUUUUUAUAUAUUUUAUUCUACAUGUUAAUCUGGUGAAGAAAAUAAGUCAUUUACAGUAUUUUAUGGUGAUUUUAUAUAGCUUUAGAAAACAAUUUACAAGACCACAUGAAUUAUAAUUGUUUUUGCACAAAUCCAUUGUUAUUGUUAACUUUUCCAUAUAUGUAGCAUGUAAAAAAAAAAAAAAGGAAUAUGCUACACAUAUGAAACUGGCCUAUUUCCUCUACAGUAUAUGCAUCAUGGAAGAGUAUUUCAUUAGUGAUGUAGGUUACCCUUAAUGAGUAUACAUACAUUAAUAUAGAUAUUUUUUUGAAUAAUUAUCCAUGCUUUUCAAGUGUUUCCAUUAUAGUUCAUGUUGGUGUUAGUGUAUUGACAUAUUAUGGAAUAUUCUUCUUGCUUUCAACCAUAAGUUCUUAGAAUAACAUAUACAAGACUCACAUGAUGGCAUAUACAGAAGUCCACUGUUUUCAAGGUGUAGAGUAUUGUCAUAAUGCUUUAAGGCUAAACUCAAAAAUGUAUAAAGCUGAGGAAAAUUCAUUCUUUCGAGGCUUAUGGAGACAUUUCUUGAGAUGUUCCCUUGUUGUUGGACACUUUUAUCUGAGGUCUCUGAUCAUCAUAUGGAUAAGUGUCAUGUACUGUAGAAUAGGGGAGCACUAAAAAGUUCUUGAGUCAUUCAUUUACUGUUAGUCUUUUACUUUAAUUUUUAAGAUAAUUUUAAUAGGAUGCAUGUUGAAAAAAAAUAAUUUAUAGAUAUAUUGGUUAACAAAUGCAGCAAUAAAUUGGAAAAAAGCUAGGAAAUUACAAUGUUAACUGGUGCAUGGUAAUCUGUGUUUAACUGGAGAAAUGUUACUUUGUGAUUAGUGCCCAAUUUUAGACUUUAUGUUUAAAAUAAAACAACAUUUCUUUUAAUUACUUAAAGUACCUUCCUUUAAAAUAAGUGAGUACAACAUGUUCUGAAAUAUCCAUCUAUUUUUAGUACUUAAGGAAUUAUGAUGUCUUAUUUAUCAAAGCUAACCAGCAUAAUAUAUGCAAGCUAAUGAAUAUGGAAACCCAAUUGGAUUGACUAAUUUUCUGGUUAUAUUUAACAAUGGAUGUUAAGGAUGAGAUUGAAUUGUUUUAUUAGCUUACAAUGAUUAAGUGCAUAUAUAGCAAUUGUUUUGUAGAAAAUAUUUAUAACUAACAUCAUCCUUAUGAAAAUCUGAAAUUCUGAUUAAAUUUCAAUAUCAUCAUUAAAAAUCUAUUUUUUAGGAGGGAGAAAGCACUUAUCAGACAAGUAAACACAUUUGAAGUAAAAUUUGAAAACUAAAAUAAGGAAACACUAAUGAGAGUAAUAAUAAAAUGAUUUAUACAAGAGCAUGACCAAUGUAUUAUUGCCAUUAAUUUGUACAAAAGAGUACUUCAUAUAUGAAAUUAGAAAGAUAUAUUUCUUCAUCAUUGUAAGAACAUUAAAUAUUUGAAUGUGAAAGUUUUCAAAAAAAGAAAAGACAAUUUUGAUAGUUUGUGCGUAUAUUUGAGAAAGUUCAAAAUAAUAUUUACUUCUCUAAAUAUAUUGUAUUUCACUAAAGUUGUGAAUGUAAGAAGGUAUACAUGUACUUUAACAAAGAUAUUAAAUAAAGCUUUUAUUAGGAUCAUUUACUACUAAAUAAUAAUUUGACUGAAAUAUAAUCAUUACUAUAUUUGUUAGGCUCUUUAAGUUUCAGAAGGAACUGUGUAUUUGUUGAUGAAAGUUUCUUGAUGUGUAAUUGGAACUCUUAGUUAUAACUAAUAAUUUAUGAUCUAGUCUAAUUACAAAAAUCAAAUGAUAUUUAUAAUAUUUAUUAUGAAUGCAGAUAAAAUAAUAUUCCUUUGUUUAUCCCAAAAUCUUGCAAAUCCUUGGCUGAGAAUGUACUAUUAAUGUAUAAGUUUUUAUUUUAAUUUUGUAGAAGAGUGUUAAGAUAUAACAUUACAUCUUAAGGUAUAUGAAAGAAAAAUUAUUUGUGUUAAUUUUAAAAAGAAAAGGGUUGUUUUAAAUGGAUUAAUUUAAUAAAUCAUAAAUAUAAAGAUAUGGGUACAAGUAUAUAUGUUUUACAGAAUUCACUGUGAAAAUAACAUACUGUAUUAACUAUUAAAUUAUAUUUUGUUUAGUUCUAAGGUAUUAUUUUGUGUGAAUCUAUGUUUGAAGGAGAAAAAUAAUUUACUGUACAAUGUGUAUCUUGCUUUCUGUGAGCAUUUUAAUGAGAUCUAGUUUAUCAAAAAACAGAAAUUAUUUUCCCACCAUUUAACUACUUAAUAAUUAUUUCUUCAAGUAUAAAAAUGGAUAGAAAAGUAUUUGAGGUAGUUUUAACAUUUUUAAACCUUAUAUUACUGUAGGUUCUCAAAUAGAAAUUUAGAUAAUAAGCUGCGAUUUUAAACUUAUUUCAUCUCAUCGUGGCUAUUAUGUUAAUGUCUUUGAGUGUGAUUUACCAGUUUUGAGUCUGUAGGGUGGAUAAAGUUUUUUCCUUUAUUCUUGCAAUGCUACUGAAAAAAUAACAAGGAUUUCUUUUUUUUUCUCCCAAGCCUUUUAUGAAGUUUUAUGUAUGUAACUCCUCCUGAUGGGUUAGCACUAAAUUUACAGACUUGACUUGCAAUGCUAAAAUAUUGGGUUAGAUCCCUCACGGUGGACAGAAUGCAUUUAAACCUUUAGUUAACUUUGCACUAAAAGAAUAACAGCAAGAAGUUAUGUAAAGAAAAGCAGCAAAUUAAUAAUUAAUGUUACAAUGAAUUGAAGAUUAGAUUACUUUUAAUCUUGGUUCUAUAAUUCCAUUCAUGAAAAUUUGAAUUCUUCAGAACUUUUUAUGAAGAUGGAUAUAUCCAUUGUUUUUCUUUGCAUAACAUAUUAAAAUUAUGUUUAACCUUCAUAUGUGGAGAUCGCCACAAAUUUAGGAAUGUAACAGAAAUUUGAGAUUUGUACAGUGUACAUAUAUUCCAGGUAAAAUCUUGCAGCAUUUCUGAUGAUAUUUCAUUAACAUCAACAACAAAAGAACAGAGCUGGAGUUUGUGACUAAACACAAGUCAUUUGAACAUAGGAAGUAAUUUUUGUUCAUUUUUUCCUGUAUCGCUGCAUAAUAUAAUGACUUUAAGAGUAUGGAAUCCAUACGGUUAGUGUAAACAUUCUUAUAGCAUAUGUUUGAGGAUAAUGUAUAGCUAUGUGCUCAACUUCUCAUAUAUUUAUGAGCUGAGGACUUUACACUCAGAUUAAAAUGAAAAAGUGAAAAAAAAAAUCAACUCAGCUUUACAGACAGGUUGAACACUGCUGUUGUGGUACUUUACUACUUCCAGGUAGUCUUUGUUCUUUUUUUCACUUUCUCUUUCAUGGGUGGUUUCAUUUUGUAACUACAUGUUAGUACACUUAGUUUCCUGAAUGGGUCUACUGGUUAUCAGGUUUCCGAAAUUUUUCAUUCCCAAACUGUGUGUGUCCUGUACCCGUUUUUCCCUUAUCACCAAAAUUUAAAAUUUUGGGCAAAUAUAAGUCUGUUUUAGGAAAUGUUACUCGUUUCAUUGACUGAUUUUUGGGAUUUUUAUUUCCCAAAAACCAGUAAUCCUUAAGAAAAACAUUGCCAAGCAAGAAAAGUUGCACUUCUUAUACCCAGAGUUUUUUUUGUUUUUUUCUGAAUGCAAAUUGGUUGUACUUUCGGUACAAAGUGUCUUAAGACAGUUGGUUAUAAUGAGGAAAGUAUAGGUAUUAAAGACAAGUUUUGUCUAUUUACACACUGUAAAGCUUCUACUAAAGUCUAUUUAAAAAGCUGAUGUUAAGUAAAAAUAAUGUAGUAUUUUAUAUAAACCAAACCUUGCUUAAAAAUAUUCUAUGGAACUUUCUAGUUGUUUUUCUCACAACUUUUGUUAGUAUGCUUUAUCAAUAGAUAUGGUUUUUUGUUGAAGGCUGGCAUUUAGUUAUGUACCCUACAUAUGUUGAGUAUCUUGCAUACCCCCCCCUCCCCCACCACCACCAAGAGAAAUCCAAUGCUUCUUUAGGAAAAUAAUUUUUUUUAAAUAAUUAUAAUUGCAUAACAUUACUUAAGUAGGUCAGAAAGUGGUUAUUAGGUCGAACCUCAUUAAAAAUUCAAAUUAUAUACAGAAUAGAGCUUACAGGUUAGAGUAAAAGUGGUAAUACUGGCUUUCUCUGAUGGUCACAUAUUGUAGAUAAUGUCUUGUAUGUGAGAUUUAACAACUGGAUUACCCAAGUUUUUGGGGUGAGUAAUUUAAUGAAUUUACAUGCUCUACAUUUAAGAAAAGACUCUCACUCUCUCCUAUAUUUAUUAAUAUAUUUUCAGAAAUAAUUAAAACAUUUUGACUUAUUCAUAAAGUGUAGAUCUAAUGAUGACUUAAAAUUUAAGAAAUGAAAGGAUAUCAUGAUGGAAGUAAAGGUAUUAUUACUUGUAAUUAUUUUUAUCAAUACUUGUGAAAACUUUAUUUUUACAGCAAGAAGAAAGCUGAAACCUUUACAAAUAACUGUGAUGUGUUAAGUAUUGGAUAUACUAAAAAUCCAAGUAUUGAUCAUAUGGAAUUCUGUUAAAUGGAAAUUUGUUGUUUUUUGUAACAUUUUUAGAAGUUUGAACUUCUUUGCUUGCUGCAGAAUAAAGUAAGCUUAUUGAGGCUUA